UUCUGAAUAGGUUUCACUUCCUGAUAAUAGAGCCAGCCCUGUAUGUUGGAUGGACAAUGUCAUGGUAUUGUAAUCAGCACACACAAGACUGACUAGUGUUUCUGAAGUGUUGGUGGAAUCCUUGGACUGCCUCAUGGAGUUGAGUGAGCUACAAAGACAGGGCUCCGCUAUAGGCGACAGUUAUCAUGGUGCCCAACAGUCAGUGAGGUUACGGAGUAAGUCUGUGGCAUCCAAUCAGAAUGGCCCUCUUUUCGACUGGUGUUCUUUCCCCACUGAAAGGGGAGAAGAUGGUGAGUCGGAACCAGUUCAGGACCUUAGAGAACGGCCCAUGCCAAUGCGCCUUAAGCGAGCCAUAAGGGAGGUGCAGCAGAUGCGUGUGCCUGUGGUGACUAACUGGCAGUCAUGGAAGAGGAGCAAGGCCAAGUCUCUGAGAAGGUUCAGAGCAGACACAGAGGGGGCCUUGUCUUCCAUAGCUCUGUGGAGGAAGGCUCUGCUCAAUAUAGGAGGGCAGUUUGGUGGCGGUGUCCAGUCCUACUUCAUAUUUCUGCGCUUCCUGGUAGUACUCAACUUCCUAUCAUUCUUCCUGAUUGCUGGAUUUGUCCUCAUCCCCAGUAUUGUGUUCCAAAUCACCAGCACCAAUAAUACAACAGUGGACAGUUCUGGUAAGGAGGAUUGUACGGUCUAUGAUCCAAAUCCUCAAGGUCUGGUGCUGUUCUACCAAUACUUUUUGGACUUGCUCUCUGGAACGGGCUUCAUGGAGUACUCCUAUGUUUUCUAUGGUUACUAUAACAACACUGUGGCAGACAGCGGUAGCUUCCACUACAAUUUACCUCUGGCCUACCUCCUCACCUGUGUCUUCUACUUCGCCUUCUGUCUCAUCUGCAUCAUUGCUCGCAUGGGGAGAGCCCUUCGCAUUGCCAUAGCAACAGGCAGUGGCACUGUCGGCAGUUACAGCAAGAUAGUGUUCACUGGCUGGGAUUAUGGUUGCCAGGGAGACAGGACUACCAAACUCAAACAGAAAAACCUGCACUACCAGCUACAGUUGGAUUUGGAGGAGCAGAGGCUGCAGAAAAAGGCGGCAUCGCUAACCUUAGGUCAGACAGUGGGUCUGUAUUCUCUACGUAUGUUCCUCAUGCUCCUCUCCAUCACCCUAAUAGGUGUAGCUUUCUACUGCAUCUUCAAGGCUACUGUCUUCAGCCAGGGGAAAAAUGAAAAUACAGGCCUUUUGGGCCUGAUCUAUGAGUACCUUCCUUCCAUCGUCAUAACAGCAGGAAACUUUGUCGUGCCUUUCAUGUGUGACCAGAUAGCCCAGUUUGAGAAAUAUUCUCCUAGUACCACCAUCAUAAUGGCCUUGUUGAGGUCAGUGUUUCUGCGUAUGGUCAGUCUAGGAGUACUGCUGUUCAGUCUGUGGAGUAGCAUCACCUGCUUUGACAACCUUCAAGACUGUCGGUCCUGCUUGUACAACCACAACCAAUAUCCGUGCUGGGAGACACGCGUGGGACAGGAGAUGUACAAACUGACCUUGUUUGACUUCCUCAUUACUGUCGCCAUGCUCAUCCUGGUAGAGUUUCCACGCAGGUUUUUUGUGGACCAUUGGUCCUGUGCACUGACCCGGUGGGUGGGUCGUCAGGAGUUCCUGGUGCCUUCCAACGUGCUGGGUCUUGUGUAUGGACAGACAGUGGUGUGGACUGGAGCUCUGUUCUGCCCUCUGCUGCCUCUCAUCAACACACUCAAGUUCUUCAUCCUGUUCUACUGCAAGAAGGUCACCCUGUUUUCCAACUGUCGUCCGGCGGUGAAGACGUUCCGCUCCACCACCUCCACCAUCUUCUUCCUGGUGGUUUUGCUGUUUGGAUGGGGCUUGGCCCUGGUAGCCUUGAUCUACAGCCUGGCCCAGAUCCAUCCCUCAUGGAGCUGUGGUCCAUUCCGCUCCCUCGAAACUAUGUGGAGCAUUGUCCCCAACACCUUCUACACUCUCUCUCUGACAACACAGGAGUUCCUCUUUUACAUGGGUUCCCAAGCCUUCUCCAUUCCUCUCUUCAUCUCCUCCUGCGUGGUACUGUGUUAUGUUGCAGCACUAGCCUCUGUCUAUGGGAGAAGUGUUGACCUGCUGAAGGCCGAGCUUAAAAUGGAAGGACGUGAUAAGCAUUUCCUGGUCAAGCUGAUUGAUGAGCAGAGACGAAAGAUGGGGGACCGAGUGGACACGUUUGACACGGGUGCACCAAACUAGUGAUCUGUAGAUUAUUCCAAGAUGCUCACGUCAUUUGCUCUAACUAUAGAAGGCAUGGUCUGAAAGGCAGAAAGGCAUAAGCCCAUAGAAACCCAAGGGGCUGAUUGUGGACUGACUUCUUGCACCCUUGACUCUUCCGCUGAAAGCCUUGCCUCCAGUGCACAUGUGAAAGUCAAAGUAUUUUAUUUGUCAAGUGGACCGAAUAUAAUAGCAAAAAAUUUCAUAUAAAAUAUAUACAUAACAAUAGUGACUAUAAGCUGUUCCAGAUAAUGUAGAAAUAGGAAAAUGGACAGUAUGAAUAGAAAUCUUAAAUAUUAUAAAUAUAGGUGUUGUAGUGCCUGUAAGUGGAUACAUUUGACAAAAUGCUAAUGUACAUUCAAUGUAUAUAGAAAGGGACUGCUGUAGCAUGUACUGCUGUAGUAUGGUUUGGAAUCCAGCCUUCAGCACUUUUUGUGUAGAUUACAGUGGGGUUAACUCUAAAGAAUUAAACAUAUUUUAACCUAUUACUCCCUAUUAAGAGUACCUGAAACAUAAAUGUCAAUGUUCAAUCCCCUUACAUCCUCACAAACACCUUCACAACAUCAAAUGUGUUUAUUUUUCUAAAAUGCAUUAAAACAGUGUUC